AUGUCAGACGCCGCCCAGCGCUUCCCAGAUGCGAGCAGUACAAGACAACGGCAGGCGUCUGGUUCGAGUACACCAACUCUUCCUCUUCCUCGUCCCAAAUCUCGUGGAGGAAUCGCGGACCGCCUUGCACAUCGACCACGUCCCCGGCCACACAGUCAACCUCAGAUAGCCUCAGGUUCGUCCUCGUCUCAAACGAGUCGACCACGUCCGUCCCCGGAGGUUGUCGAUACUACGCUUCCCCGCUCAAAACGAUUUCAGCUCUCAGCCCUCGCGAUGCCCUUCUUUGGUCCCCAAAAGGCAUUGAGUGCACAUGUUGAAGUGCACCUCGACUCGAGUGUCGUUGACCUCGUUGGAGGACCAACUACUGGCUCGAGCUACUCGCUCCCGGGAACUGUCGUCUUGACGCUUCCCAUUCUUCCACUCUGUUAUGAAGGACGAUACCGUAUUCUCCACGACCUCACUAUCGUGUUCGAGGGCAAGGCCGAGUACUGGGACGAGAGCAACCGAUACACACCGCUUCGGCUUCACGCCGCUGCACUGCCAUUGAUUCCAAGUGACCAGCCGAUCCUUCUCCCUCCUUGCGACCCGGCAUCCGACGGAUCGACAGUCAGCGUGUCACUUCCUUUUGAUCUUCGGAUCCCGGGGUGGUUGCCACCGUCGCUGAAGGCCAAUUACGCAUCCACGACCUACGGUAUCAUUGCUGCUGCCGAGAUUGGGUGGAGUGACAAGACUGCCUGGUCGUCUCGCGGUCGCCAGUCGCGCUUCACCCCGUCGCUCAACGUUAUGCACCGCAUGCGAUCGCCAUACACUCCGUUCGUUGUCCGACGCCACCGAAUGCCUUCGGCUCUCCGGACCGACUCCGUACCUCGGGAGCGCAACUUCACUCUCAAGCCGCAAUCGAAUCUCACCAGCCAGCUAGAGUGUGUCGUUACUGUUCCCGAAUGGGCGGACAUGUAUGGUGGAGGCGACAGUCUCCGCCUCCAGGUCCGCUUCCGAAUGCGCGACGACCGGCCCGAGAACGACACUCCCCGGAGGAAGGACGACUAUGUGGCAUCUCUUGUGGAACUUGGAAUGGAGAUUGAGGAAGUUCAGAAGUUUAGCUCUGCACCAUUCAGCUCGUUUGUUGCUGCAUUUCCGCUUCCCAGCGAACAACCCAACCGCGAAACGGGUGAAUACCGCUUGAUGGGGCCUGCCGCCGUACCACCUUUCGAGUCUGUAUUUGGCGAAGUAGACACCGCCUGCCGCACGACCACAACCAGGGCAUGUCUCCUUACUGAGAACGGCGAGCAACGUAGCUUUGCCUUUGAGGGCGGUCUCGGUAUCAGCUACCGUUGGCGCCGACUCAGCAUCGUCCUUCCUCUCCCUUGCGCCGAACAGAGCGCCAGCCGCCCCAACCCGGACUCGGACGGGCCCUUCCUUCGCGUCCGCCACUGUCUCAAGACUCGCAUCGUUCUGUCGCGUCCUGGCGGCGACAUGGAGACACUUGUUCUGCAGACUCCCAUUCGCUUCGCAACCGAGCCCACCACGUUCCCACAUCGCCCUCUCGCGGCACCUCCCCCGUACGUCUCUAUGUUCCAUGAAAAUGGCGACAUGCGUGAGUGCGACCCUCUGCCGCUGUACACGCCUGCCGGUGCCGAGACAACCAACGUCGACCGGAGUGUCGAGGCAGAAGCCGGCACUGAGGUGGAGCUUGCACCUCCCACGCCACGCCGUACUUCAUCGUUGCCAACUGUCCACUCCGUGCCGUCUGACGAAGUCGAACCUUCGCCCUCCGAGGACGAAACUUCAAGCUCGCUCUCACCCCUAGUCUCCCCCGUCACAUCGCCGGCGUCACGGGCAGUGAAACUCCCGUCCAUCCCAUGUCAAUCGCUCUUCAACUGUCCAAACUAG